AUGGACGUUUCUACGUUCGGUGCAUCCUGUUCACCUUGUUCGGCGCAGUACGUGAUGCAGAGAAAUGCAAACGAUUUUGCGGCUGAAUUUCCAGAGGCGGCCGAAUCCAUAGUGCAGAAAACCUACAUGGAUGAUUACUAUGAUAGCGCAGACACUCCAGAAGAAGCGGCGACUCGAGCAUUGCAGGUGCGAACUAUUCACAAAAAAGCCGGAUUUGAAAUGCGAAAAUGGGUGAGCAGCAGUCCCGAUGUACUACGCGAAUUAGGCGAAGCCUUUGAUCCUGAAGCACUUGCCGCCGUCGGUAGUAACGAAGAAAAAUGGGAACGUGUCCUAGGAAUGAUGUGGGAGCCCAAAAGCGACAUCUUUCUGUUUUCUGGCAACCUUUGUGGGGAUCUUGCUCCAUAUAUUCGCGGCGAGAAGAAGCCCACGAAGCGGACUGCACUUCGUUGCAUCAUGAGCCUGUUCGACCCGCUUGGGCUUUUGGCUCCGUAUUUGAUACACGGUCGUAUGCUCAUACAAGAUAUUUGGCGUUCUGGUGUGGCGUGGGAUGACGAAGUGCUCUACGAGGAUUACGAAAAAUGGAAACGAUGGACAGGUCUCUUGGAAAGCAUAGGUCGGUUGGAAAUACCGCGCUUUUAUUUUGGUUAUGCGAAGCCAGAUGCUUUUAACACACUUCAAUUGCACGUGUUCUGUGAUGCCAGCGAGGCAGGUCUUGGAUGUGCAGCAUACUUUAGAGUAGUGGACGACGAUAACGUGUACUGUUCCCUCGUGAUGGCGAAAAGCAAGGUGGCUCCGCUCAAGCAUCAAUCAAUCCCACGGAUGGAACUGUAUGCCUUUGUUUUAGGAGCGAGGUUAAUGCGGAGUGUUUGUGAAAGCCAUACGGUUGGAAAUUCACGUUGCUAUCUGUGGACCGACUCUAGUACUGUACUAUCCUGGGUCCGCUCAGAUCAUAGGAGAUAUAUGCAGUACGUGGCGCAUCGCGUUGGGGAAAUCCAAUCGUUGACGAAACCAGAGAGUUGGCGUUGGGUACCGACAAGAGACAACGUGGCCGACGCAUUGACUAAGUGGGGGAAAGACACCGAACCCGUCUCAAAUGGAAGAUGGUUUCGAGGGCCUUCGUUUUUGUACCGCAAUGAAGCCGAAUGGCCAUUACAAAAAGUAGUUAAUGCUAAUACAAGUGAAGAACUUCGAGCACGCUAUUUGCUACUUCACAUAUUUGUGCCUGAGCCGUUAAUAAACGUGGCCCGCAUUUCCAAGUGGAAAAUUAUUGUCAGAACGGUAGCACAGAUUUUCCGUUUCAUUAAUAAUUGUCGAUUGAAACGCAAGAGGCUGCCGGUAGAAACAGUCCGAGCUACGCCAUUGCAAAGGCGAUGCCUAAUGAAAACAGUUUUCUCAGUGAAAACACCACUGCGACAAACCGAAUAUCAAAAUGCAGAGCAAUUUUUGUUGCGAAUCGCACAAGGCGAAAGUUAUCCAGAUGAGGUGAAAAUUUUAAUUAAUAACCGAGUUUUGCAGAUGGACCAAUGGAGAAGAAUCGAAAAAAACAGUGCUUUGUACAGAGAUUCACCUUUUGCUGAUGAGUGGGGCGUGCUAAGAGUUGACGGGCGAAUAGCUAACGCGAGUUUUAUGCCGUUCGAUGCUCGAUUCCCGGUUAUACUCCCGAAGGAUCACAUCAUCACCGCACGAAUUGUAGAGCACUUUCAUAGAGAGUUUGGCCAUGCUGGAAGAGAAACGACCGUUAACGAGUUACGGCAGCGUUAUCAUAUCCGUCACUUGAGGGCGACUGUAGGUAAAAUAAUUGAAAAUUGCCAAUGGUGCAAAAUAAAAAAGUGUGUUCCCGACCAUCCUCGAAUGGCACCGCUGCCGGAACAACGAUUAACCGCUCACGUACGACCAUUUUGCUAUGUCGGCGUGGACUACAUGGGACCGUUAGAAGUCACUAUAAACAGGCGUAAACAAAAGAGGUAUGUUGUCGUGUUCACCUGCCUAGUUGUGAGGGCGAUUCAUCUUGAAAUCGCUUUCGAUUUGUCCAGCGAUUUUUGCAUUAUGGCGAUUAGACGUUUCGUGCGUCGACGGGGUCCUCCAAAUGAAAUAUUCUCCGACAAUGGCACUAACUUUGUUGGUGCCAAUCGCGAGCUUAAGAAGCAGAUUCGGCGUAUAAAUGAGGCUUGUGCAGAAACUUUCACGGACGCGCGAACAAAGUGGUCGUUCAAUCCACCAUCUGCCCCACACAUGGGCGGUGUGUGGGAGCGUAUGGUUCGAUGCGUGAAAGAGGGAAUGUCAGCUAUAGACGAUGGACGUAAGCUUAACGACGAGAUCUUGCUAACUGUUCUAGGAGAUAUUGAAUAUUUCGUUAAUUCUCGUCCACUUACCUAUAUGCCUCAGCAGUCAGCCGACUACGAAGCUCUCACGCCGAAUCACUUCAUUUUCGGUACAUCUACAGGAGCAGGCGACCCGUUGGGACCGUUAACAGAUUUUGGCGCGGCACUUAGAAGCAGCUAUGAGCGAUCCCAAGCAAUAGCGAAUGUUGUGUGGGACCGAUGGACGCAAGAAUACCUUCCAACAAUUAACAAUCGGUCAAGGUGGUUAGACGAAACGCGGCCAGUGAAAGUAGGUGACAUGGUAUAUAUAGCUGAGGGUGAUAGAAGAGGCUGGAUCCGAGGUAAGGUCGUGACUGUCACAGCUGGUAAGGAUGGUAGAAUUCGCCAGGCAGAGGUUCUAACAGCGAAAGGAAUUCUCAAACGUCCGGUGGUGCGUUUAGCCGUUAUGGAGAUAGGAACUUCAAGUGAACCCGGCGAAGAGUUUGGUGAACUCCCCCCGGAUCCACGGGGUGGGGGAUGUUGUGGUAAUCGCACAACCCUGAGAACGCGAGGAGAACGCUGCGAUUAG